GCAGAGCAGCCACGUAAACGUGCAGUCCUCAGCGCUGUGUAUGCUAGCCGCCGCUUUAGCAUCUGUUAAAAACUGCUUUUAUUUCACCACAUGUGAAUUUAUACACGAUCUAGAGAUCCCAGGUCUUGUCUCAGUCUCUGGAUGUAGUUGCCUGUCCCGCGGUUAAACAUGUCGAUGGUGGUGUUUGCAUCGGUGGUGCGGAUCAAAGAUGGCCUCCCUCUCUCGGCCUCCACAGAUUAUGAACAGGAUGCGGAGCUGCAGGAGACAAAGAAACACCUCAAAACUCUGUCCAAGAAACUGAGCCAGCUUCCCGACCACUGCAGCCUCAAGUCUGGGCCCUACAAUGUCAAUUUCACAAGCUCCCUGGGCGUGGGGUACCUGAUGGUGUGCACGGCGAGUUACCCAAACGUUCUGUCGUUUUGUUUCCUGGACGAGCUUCAGAGAGAGUUCAUCAUCACGUAUGACCCAAAGAGAAUCAGCAGCGUCGUGAGACCAUAUUCUUUCAUAGAGUUUGACACUUUCAUUCAGAAAACAAAGCAGCGCUACAACAAUCCCCGCUCUCUGUCUACAAAGUUAAACCUGUCAGACAUGCAGACAGAGAUCAGACUGAGGCCGCCCUAUCAGCUCUCACUGGACGAACUGCACCAGCUCAAUGGGAGCAACAAACACAACAACCCCAAGUACAACGGCAUCGCUCCUACUCAGAUGCUGGAGCCUCUGUCUCUGGCUGGGAUCAUCUCUUGUGUCCUCACUGCUCUGUGUGGAGGUCUGAACCUGCUCAGGGGGGUGCACGCCAUAGAGAGCAUUCUGCAGAACGACGGUGAAGACUUUAAUUAUGUGAUUGCCUUUUUCCUGGGCACAGCGGCCUGCAUCUAUCAGUGCUAUCUGUUUGCCUACUUCUCUGUGUGGAGGAGCUUUAAGUCGAUCUUGGCCUUCGCUCUCAUCUGCCUCUCAAACAUGUAUCUCUACGAACUCCGAAACCUUUGGCAAAUUUUGUUCCACGUGGCUGUCGGAGCUUUCAUGACAUUACAAAUACGACUACGGAAACCAAUUGGCAAAGCACCAGACUACAAUGUUUGACCAUGGAUUUCACAUAUGGACCUUUUUGGACAAGCGGGACACCGUACUUUUGCAAAAAACAAGCAAAGACGAACUGCAUAUCAUUUUGUGGAUUUUGAUGGUAGGACCUUGCUGCAAAAAGAGAUAUAUGGAUUUUAAAAGACAUUAUUUUCAUUCUUAAUUUUUAUUUUUAAAGUAACAUUUGCAGCCAGGUUUGAUGUCAACAGUCGUGCGUAUGACACAUUUUUGCAAAAUCCACUUUCUCACUCAUAUCAUAAAAUGCACUGGUAACACUGCCUCAUUAAAGCAUGAACAUACACUGAAUUCAUAAUGAGCAAAUAGUUUAUUAAGAACAAUUCUGGCUUAGUAACUACUUAAAAAACUGUAUCAGUAUGCAGUAACUUUAUAACCAAAUAAUACACGUGUUGUUACUCUGAGCGGGCUCGCGUCUAGACAAACCUCACUCUUAUUUGGACUUGUUUCCAUGGAAAUGUUGUUCUGAAGUAUGGUUUCUAUUUCACAUACUGUACCUUUUUAAUUAAUACCGUAAGCCCUUAAGUAGCUACUAAGCCUAGAUCACUCAAACUAUGUGUUUAUUAUGAAUUGACUCUUUGUUCAGGCUUUAUUAAGGUGAAUUAAGGUUAUUAUAAGGUGGUAGCAAUGCAUUAUCAUAAUUCCUCAUAAGAAUGUAUUAUAAAGUUGUAUGGGUGACAAAUGCAGAGGUUUGAAAAUGCAAAGAAAAAUGAGACGGACAAUUAAUUUCAUGAGUACAGUGCCUCCAACUGUAGAGAUGUUUUUUUGUCACUUGUCCAGGAAAACAUCUGCUUUCUUUAUCAAACAAGCACAUUUUGUAUAGGUUGCCAUGACAACAGCAUAUUUUGUCCACAUGUUUAUAAUGCCCAUAGAUACAAGAACAAGCAAUGCAGAAAAUAUAUUAAACCAAAUAUAUCCGUGAUAAUUAUAUUGCCAACACACGCACACACAGAGACACUAGACACAAUAUAUCACCAGUUAUUUUUAUUUUAUUUGUGUGUAUAUUUUUGUGGCCAUGCAGUACUUUUCAAAACAAGCAAUAAUUCAAAAUGUCAAGUGAGCACAAUGGACCUUAGUGGGGCAAUGAAUAACUUAUAACGUAUUUUUUAUCAUUUCUAAUAUAUUUUGCAAAGGUUAUAUACGCUAUACUUAUUGGUAAUACAUAUUUGUAGAGAACAUUUCACCGUCUUGAUGUUACAUGUGAAAAGUGAUUUUGGCUUUUGCGCAUUUGUCUGCUGUAGAGUUUUAAUCUAUGACUUCCGUGGAUCAUUAUGUUUUAUUUUGGACAUUUUAAAUUGACAUAUUCACCUAAAACCCCUUGGACUUGGGUUGGUAAUUUGCGGCGCCCAGUGGGAGACAAUUCCUGCCUGGUCCUUUAUGAUAAGAAGUAGGGAUGGGACAAGAUCUCGCGCCACAAGAUUUUGCGAGACAAAAUUGCCACGAGAUUGUGCGCACAUGCUGGAAAUAAUUUUGAGAUUUUUUUCCCCAUGUUUUUAAGUUCAGAUUGGAUAAAAGUUAAGUACUGGCGAGAUACACUUCUUGCACAAAAGCAGUCCUACAGCAAAAAUAAAGUAAAAUAAAAAGAAACUGUGGGGAACUAAAUUAUGCCAAAAUCUUGUCUUGUCUCGUUCUCAUGGAUCCAGUCUCGUGUCUCAUCUCGUCUUGUGGAAAUUGUAUCUUGUCCCACUCCUAACAUGAAUACAUCCUCACAACAAUGGAUAGCUGCACAUAAUGCUAGUGACUUUUUUUUUUUUUUUUCCCCAGUUACUGUAUUUUCCACACUAUAGGGCGCUCUGGGUUAUAAGGCGCACUGUCACAGUUUCUGUCAAUAUUUUCGAAUUUUCGCACAUUAAACGAAACACAACAGUUAGAUGGGUCAGUGGGACUUUGUUUGAUGCUUUCACGGUGACUCUGGGCUUUGUUCAAUUGUGGCGUGUAGGGAGGGUGUUGUCUGGGACUGCUGGAUUGUUGGCGUGUUCGCAGUGACUCGGUUGUUCAGUUGUGGCUAGAAGUGGCACAUUGCACUUUUUUUUUCGGUUUAUUCCUCCGUUCCAUUCCUCGUCCGCGUGGAGUGAUGAGUGUGGCUGCGGGUGUGUUUUGCUGCACGAUCGCUGUCUGCUCUGUGCGUGUUUGCGUGCGCUGUGGCUUUGUAGUUUACUGAAGUCAUGCUGGAACACCUGAGUGGAUUUGUGUAUAUGGCACUCUGGAUUGCGCGGCGCGCACUCAUUUUUUGAUGGGGCUGGAGGCUUGUGAGUGCGCCCUAUGAUGUGGAAAAUACGGUAUGCCAAAAUGUUUACGCAACACUGCCCAUUCUUAUGUGUUUUACUAAUUCAUAGAAGUAACAGAGCAGUUGGGGUGUACCGGUGGCUGUGAAAAUGUGUGUAGAUCAGAGCAAAGAUGUCUUAAAUACAGGAGAAGAAAGAUUAUAAAAAUUUCAGUGUCACACACAAAAAGAUGUCCAAACCAAGACAUUGAAAACGUUCAAAAUUGUGUCCACAUUAUAUAAAAAUCAUAACCUAUUUCAAAAUUAUUUCUUUAACAACCCUUCAGGUCACAACCAAAAACCAUUAUCAUUCUGUAUUGACUUUCACUGACUGGAAUGCUUUGUUUUUACGCAUUUUACUAAAUUUUUGCAAUGACUGAAACUAUAAUAUUGUACCAAUGAAACCAAGUGCAAUGUAUAUUGUAUAUGUAUAUUUUGUAUUUCAUUUUCAGGCUUACUACAUGUUACAUUGUUUUUGCAUUCGGUUCCAAAUGUUUAAAAAGCAGAACUAAAUCUAUGCAACGCUGCCUUCAAAGUAAGUGUGGCUGUUAUUUCAGUCAGAAUGGAGCCAGCUGCUGUUUUCUUCAGUUUGUUUUUAAGCAUUUUUAUUUAUGAAUAGUAAAGCUCGACAGAUAUGAUUGAGGUAUGACUGACUGUUGUUCAUUUGUAAUUGUUGAAAGAUCGAAUGGUGUUUUACACUUCAUGUGCAAGUUCUUAUCAGUCCAAAUGAAUUAAAAACUAAAGCUGAACAAUA